AUGGACCAUGCCGCCGACCGACUGGCUGCCAUCGCCGGCCGCCUGCUUGUCGGCUUGGCGCGCGACUUCCGCCCCUCGCCCGCCUUCUGGGCCUACGUCUUCUUGGGCUUGUGGCUGCACCGAUAUCUUCGCCUGCUCGUCCACUGCGUCGCCCAUUGGGCCUACCGGUCCAAACCCGUCCCGGACAAGCCCUCGUUUACCCACGACGACGUGACGGUUGUCAUCCCGACCAUCCACAACGUCUUUGAGGAGCUCGAGCCCUCGCUGCGCAGCAUCCUCGCCUGCCAGCCCGCCGAGCUGAUACUCGUCACGACGCACGACAAGCGCAGGGCCCUCGAGCGCCUGGCCCGCUCGCUCGGCCACGACAACAUCCGCGUCCUCGACACCCCCAUCGCCAACAAGCGCCUCCAGGUCUGCGAGGCCCUGCCCAAUGUCAAGACGGCCAUCACCGUCAUGGCCGACGACGACGUGACGUGGCCCUCGACCAUGCUGCCCUGGAUCCUCGCCCCCUUUGAAGAUCCCGCCAUGGGCGGCGUCGGCACCUGCCAGAGGGUCAAGCGGGAGCGAUCGGGCCCCUGGUCCACGCGCGCCUGGAACUGGCUCGGCGCCGCCUACAUUGAGCGCCGCAAUUUUGAGAUAUCCGCCACCCACAACCUCGACGGCGGCACCUCGUGCAUGUCGGGCCGCACCGGCGCCUACCGAUCCGAGAUUCUCUCGAGCCACGACUUUCUCUACGGCUUCAAAAACGAAAAGUGGCGGCGGUGGAUCCUCAACGCCGACGACGACAACUUUGUCACCCGCUGGCUCGUCAGCCACCAGUGGAAGACGUGGAUCCAGUACAGCCGCGAGUGCGAACUCGAGACGACGCUCGAAAACGGCCACAAGUUCCUCUACCAGUGCUCGCGCUGGGCCCGCAGCAACUGGCGGAGCAACUGGACCAGCCUCGUCCGAGACCGCCACGUGUGGAGACAGCAGCCCUGGUGCACGUACGCGCUGCACAUUGCCACCUUUACCUCGCUCGCCUUCGCCAUCGACCCCCUGCUGCUUGCCUCGUGCUGGUGGGCCACGGCCGACUGGGACAUGGACCAGCGCCGAUGGGCCUUUUGGGCCCAGUUUAUCUUCAUGUUUGUCUUCACAAAGGUGGUCAAGCUCAUGGGGCUCUUCCUGCGCAACCCGGCCGACGUCGUCUUCCUGCCCGUCUCCAUUGCCUUUGGCUACUUCCACGGCCUCGUCAAGCUGUAUGCGCUCUGCACCCUCAACAUGACGUCGUGGGGCAGCCGGGCCGAUGGUGAUGCCAAUGACGAGCAGCGACUCACCCCAGCUCCCCAGCCGUCUGGCGUCUUGGAUAUCCCGCCGGGCAAGGAUAUUCCCCGCUACAGCGACCGUCAAAGGGCACGGCAGGCUUGCGGCCGGAUCGACAGGGAAGCGGCAUGGGAGAAGUACGGACAUGUCGCCUACGAUUCCAGCACUUGCCGCGUAUCCAUCUGCAAGCCGGAGCCAGUGCUCCCCAAGCUCCUGACCGGGGCGACCAGCCAACUGGUUGAGGCUUCGUGA